AUGGAACUUUCGUGGCUUCAAAAUCUCAACCUCCUUCUCAACCGAAUCACCAGUGCCUGUCCUCAGACAAAUGUCUGGAGAAGCGAAAUCGUAAAUGAGGCCAAACACACCCUCUUGUGUCUUGCCAAUCGGCGCAGUCUCUCUGGGGGACGACGUGUAGUUACCAAUGAGCAUCUCACCAGGGCCUUGCACUACUUUGACGUCCGCAUGCUUGUUGCCGACGUGGACUUCGAGGAGGCAGAGGAAACAAGCAGUCCUCGAAGUGAUUUCUUUCAACGUUACUACGUCCAUUCUACCAGCGACGACGCAUCCGACAAUCAAUCUGGGUCGAGCUCCUCGACAUCAACAAAACGACAAUCAGACAACCGGGAUGCAGCCUCAUCUGCCAAAACAACUAUCGCUGGUGCUAAGCGUAAGGCCUCAAACGAUCCGUCCAGUCCAACGUCCUUGCCCCAGAGUUCAAGGGCACGAAAGUCUUCUUGA